AUGACCGGCCGCGAGAAUAUCAGCUACGAGGCUCCAGCGCAGGAGGUUCUCCGCAGGGACAGCAACCUGAAGCUGAUUGCUAGCCCGUUGAUCCCCGAUGAUGACAAGAAGGCCGAAAGGGUCGCUUCCAUAGGCUUGAGCAUCGACGGGGAGCCUGACGUUGAAGACCUUGGCUUUCGGUACAGAGACGACCAUGACUGCCCUGAAUUCGUGAAGCAUUCUAGUUCAACUAAUUAUGAGCUUUUCUACGACUUAUGGUUCGUGGCCAAUCUGGAGGUGUUCUCAUCUUCGAAAGGCGUCUCCAAGGAAGAAGACUUAUACUCUUACAUCGGAUACCUGACUAUCUUGUGGUUCACCUGGUUCCUCGUCGGCAUGUUCGACGUCCGCUUCGUCACGGACAGCAUCUUUGAGCGCGUGAUCCGAACUGCACACCUUGGCGUGAUGGUCGGAUUCAGCGUCGUGGUCACAUAUUUCAACCCAGACCAGCAGGAGAAAUCUUCCUUCCAGACACUGUCAAUCAUUUUGAUGGUCUCACGACUUGUCCUCGUCGUCCAAUACGGUACGAUCAUGUGGCACAUCCGCAGGUACAAGCAGGGCAAAUACCCCAUCGCCAUCGCCGCGGCAGUGCACUUCGUCGCGGCCAUGAUCUUCCUUGGCGUCACCUUCCGGUUCGAAGAGAACCGGAACAGCAGGGUCUACAUCGUAUGGUAUAUCGUCGCCGUGUGUGAGGCUAUCAUCCAGCUUGGCCUGGCCAAGUUCUACAAGGUCCUCACGUUCACGGGAACGCACUUGACAGAGCGUAUGACGGUGCUCACGGUCAUCAUCCUCGGCGGUGGCGUCACCAGCAUUGCUAAGAACGUUGUGCUUAUCGUCAAGAACGCCGCAGGGUGGACCAGCGCAACCAUCGGCGUCCUAACGUCUGCCAUCGCGCUGAUGUACUGCUUUUUCAUGCUCUACUUCGAUUGGAUGAACCAUCACCAUCUGAAGGGGGCACGGCAGCUGGCGUGGUCGAUGCUGCACUUCCCGUUCCACGUGUUCCUGCUGCUGUUCAUGGAGGGCGCAACGCAAUUCAUGGUGUGGUGGAAGGUACACGAGCUGACGGAAUGGGUCAAUGGGGAGUUCAAUGCCCUGAUCGAUAAGAUCGCCGCCACCGACGUUUACAUCACCAGCGACUACCUGGCGGCGGAGCUCAACAGCACCGUCCAGAUCAUCUUCAACUUGUACCCGUCGACAUACACCGAGACGGACGAACGGGUCACCACCCUGCUCCAUGACGUCCAGGGCCUACCACAGAGCCUGUGGGACAGCGCGCCGGGCACCUAUCCGGACCUCCUCGAGCGCUUCGAAUACGACGUCAACGAGCUGCUGUACGCCAUCAUCAACUCGCUGUUCGUGGGGUUCAAGAUCGAUCCGUUCGAGGACAUGGAGGAGACGGACCCGGCGCUGCGGCAGGACGCAGGCAUUAUACAGAUCGCCACCCGCUACGACACAGUCUUUCAAUAUGGCUAUAUCACAGCCGGGCUGGUGCUGAUGCUGAUGACGAUCAUGUUCGCGCUGACACGGCGGCGGCGCUCAUCCGGUGGCUGGAGCACGUUCGUGAUGUUCCGCACGGCGCUGUUCUUCCUCAUGGGCUUGGGCCUGUCGCUAGUGUCGCUGCUGGCCAGAUCGUCGACCCACGGGCUGACGUAUCUGCUGACGCCGUGGCUGCUGCCCACCAUCUGCAUCGUCUUCUUCGUCGUGCUGCUGCUGACCCACCUCCCGCACCCGCCACCACUGUUCUUUGCCGCCCGGGCCCGGGGCGGCGGCGGUCGAGCCAGGUCGCGGAGGACCGACGACGGCGAUGGCAAGCCCGCGUAUAGCAGUGUGCAGGUGCAGGAGGUCGGCUCGCACGGCGUCGUGUACGAUACUCAGGAGUACAAUCCCCAGCGGUGGGGCAACGCUAGCUACGCACAUAUACAUUCUCCGUACGGGUCAGAUAUGACUUACCAUAAUGCCUACGGGCAGACGCACGACCUGGGAAUGGCCAGCUCUCCCGCGGUGCGGACUUCAUGA